CUCUUUCUCUCUGUCGUCUUUGCAGCUGAAGAAGCCUUCACCAAGCCCCACGUUACCAUGGCCACCCACGCCAAGGAUCAGGGGGAGAGAAUCAAGAAUGUUAAGGGGGACCUUUUCUCGUGCCCCCAGACGGAUGCACUGGCUCAUUGCAUCAGCGAGGAUUGUCGCAUGGGUGCAGGCAUAGCAGUGAUUUUUAAGAAGAAGUUUGGAGGCGUACAAGAGCUCUUAGAGCAACAUAAGAAAACUGGGGAGGUGGCAGUUCUCCAGAGAGAUGACCGAUACAUAUACUACCUGAUUACAAAGGAGAAAGUUUCCCACAAACCGACAUAUGAGACUAUGCGAAAGAGUUUAGAAGCCAUGAAAAGCCACUGUCUCAGCAACGGAGUUACUGACAUUUCCAUGCCUAGGAUUGGAUGUGGACUUGACGGCCUGGACUGGAAUAAAGUUUCAGAAAUACUUGGGGAAGUGUUUGAAGACACAGAUAUUAAGAUCACAGUUUACACUCUGUGAUCAAAACACUGUCAAACAGCCUUAUUUCCCCUGCCCUCAGUCAGGAGCGUCC